GGUAUUCGAUUGAGGGCGGGGAGCAGACACUAGAGUUCGCAUCCUGGGGAAGGACGCGAGGGUGCUGAAGACGCUCUUUCCCAGGGCCAUGGCCGACUCGAAGCUGCUGGAACCAGAGCUAAGCGAGGUAGAGACGAUGGGUGCGGAGACGACGCGUUUCGAGGAGCUGCUGCUUCAGGCCUCCAAGGAGCUCCAGCAAGCCCCAACAACCAGACCAGAAUCCACACAGAUCCAACCUCAGCCUGGUUUCUGUGUAAAGACCAACUCAUCUGAAGGGAAAGUUUUCAUCAACAUCUGUCACUCUCCCUCCAUCCCUCCUCCGGCUGACUUGACGGAGGAUGAGCUGCUUCAAAUGCUGGAGGAGGACCAAGCUGGGUUUCGCAUCCCCAUGAGUCUGGGAGAGCCUCAUGCUGAACUAGAUGCAAAAGGCCAGGGCUGUACCGCCUACGACGUAACUGUCAACAGCGACUUCUACUGGAGGAUGCAGAACAGCGAUUUCUUGCGGGAACUCGUGGUCACCAUCGCCAGGGAGGGCCUUGAAGACAAAUACAGUUUGCAAUUGAAUCCGGAGUGGCGCAUUUUGAAGAAACGGCGUUUUCUGGGCUCCAUCUCACAGCAGAACAUCCGCUCCCAGCAGCGUCCUCGGAUCCAGGAGCUGGGGAACCUGUAUACAUCCGACUCCCAGAGAGCCGAGGAAGGCCCUGAGAAGCCUCACUUGAACCUUUGGCUGGAAGCCCCUGAUCUCCUCUUGGCCGAAAUUGACCUCCCCAAAUUGGAUGGAGUCCUGGGGCUGUCCCUGGAGAUUGAGGAGAACCGCCUAGUGAUCAGGGGACCCCAGCAGCUAUAUCAUCUGGAUGCCUACAUUCCCCUGCGGAUCAACUCUGAUGAGAGCAAGGCAGCCUUCCACCGAAAGAGAAAGCAAUUGAUGGUGGCCAUGCCCCUUCUGUCUGUGCCUGCUUGAUCAGGGUGUUUCCCUGUGCUUCCAAAUGUUGAGAAAAGGCUGGUUGCUUCUCUAAAAUUGAAAUAAAAGAAUUUUGCCUUUG